CAGGUUUAGAAUGUAAUAACCCAAGGAUUUGAUAACACAGUGGAGUAGUUUGACAACGGUCUAUGUGCUUCGCAUGAUAUGUUCUCUAUAUUAAAAAAUUAUGACCUCAGCAUCCAAAGGAAUCCUCCGCCCAUUUUUAAUUGUCUGCAUUAUCCUGGGCUGCUUCAUGGCUUGUCUUCUCAUUUACAUCAAGCCCACCAACAGCUGGAUCUUCAGUCCCAUGGAGUCAGCCAGCUCAGUGCUGAAAAUGAAAAAUUUCUUCUCCACCAAGACUGAGUACUUUAAUGAAACUACCAUUCUGGUGUGGGUGUGGCCAUUUGGGCAGACCUUUGACCUUACAUCCUGCCAAGCAAUGUUCAAUAUCCAAGGAUGCCAUCUCACGACAGACCGUUCACUGUACAACAAAUCUCAUGCUGUUCUGAUCCAUCACCGAGACAUCAGUUGGGAUCUGACUAAUUUACCUCAGCAGGCUAGACCACCCUUCCAGAAAUGGAUUUGGAUGAAUUUGGAAUCACCAACUCACACUCCCCAAAAGAGUGGUAUUGAGCACUUGUUCAAUCUGACUUUGACUUACCGCCGUGACUCUGAUAUCCAGGUGCCUUACGGCUUCUUGACGGUGAGCACAAACCCCUUUGUGUUUGAAGUUCCAAGUAAAGAGAAGUUGGUGUGCUGGGUUGUAAGUAACUGGAACCCUGAGCAUGCCAGGGUCAAGUAUUACAAUGAGCUAAGCAAAAGCAUUGAAAUCCAUACCUAUGGGCAAGCCUUUGGAGAAUAUGUCAAUGAUAAAAACUUGAUUCCUACCAUAUCUACUUGUAAAUUUUAUCUUUCCUUUGAAAACUCAAUCCACAAAGAUUACAUCACAGAAAAGCUCUACAAUGCUUUUCUGGCUGGCUCUGUACCCGUUGUUCUGGGGCCAUCUAGGGAAAACUAUGAGAAUUAUAUUCCAGCAGAUUCAUUCAUUCAUGUGGAAGAUUAUAACUCUCCCAGUGAGCUAGCAAAGUAUCUGAAGGAAGUCGACAAAAACAAUAAGUUAUACCUUAGUUACUUCAACUGGAGGAAAGAUUUCACCGUAAAUCUUCCACGAUUUUGGGAAUCACAUGCAUGUUUGGCUUGUGAUCAUGUGAAAAGGCAUCAAGAAUAUAAGUCUGUUGGUAAUUUAGAGAAAUGGUUUUGGAAUUAAAGUUUUCCAUCCUUUGUACACUGGUAAAAUAUUUUGAUGAGAUAUCAUCCAAGUUUUGAGCAUAAGAAGAGAAACAACAUUCUGCAGUUGUGUCACAAUUUAUUUUUGUCAGCCUCUCUUGGGUAACAUGUAUAUUUUGAUGGAGAUUUUUAAGAGCUCAGUAUUAGCAAUCAUUCUAUUUGGUUUUAAAUUAUCCUGUAUAUACUUAAUUGUAUGCACUGAAAAGGUAAUUUAUUCUUCACUAUCAUUUGUAAACAGUGUUUUUCACGUUUUUGUAGUUGUUCAUAAUGUAAAUUUGUGACGAUUGUUAUUUCUAUAAUGAUCAGCUGUUUAAUCUGUUUGGGAAAUGAAGAUGCUUAUCUUAAAAUAUGAAA